GACGCCGGGCUCUGGGUGAGGUGCUGCGGUGCUGAGCUGCUUCCAUUCGGAACUCGGCCGCUUCUGCUGAUCUGCGUUGCUCCAGAUCUGAAGGGCCUGAGGGCGGCUCGUGGCUUUGCCUCCUACAGGUGCCAUCGCAGGGCCUCCUGUGACUGACGGGACGGCCGUCUCAGCGAACAGUGCAGCACAAUCAGCAAAGCCCCGCGAACGGGAGCUUCGACCCGGAUCCCGCAGCGCCCUGCCUGAGUAGUACGGCAGUUUGGGGACUACAUAUCCCAGCAUGUAGCGGGCGCCCGUUCUUCCGGCAGCUCCGCGCCCGGCGGAGAGCUGCAUGCUGGGAGCUGUAGUUUAGCUCGCGUGCGGGGCCGGCCCGCGGCGUCGCUGACGGAUGACGGCACCGGAAGCGGAAGUUGGGAGUGAGGUGCGCGUCCCUCGCGCGCCCCACGUGUCGCGCGGCGGCGGCCGGAGGUCGGGCGUUCCGCCUCCGCAGCCCCACCGGCCCUAGCAUGGCCGACCUGCGCUUUCACCUAGCUGAGCCGCUGCAGCUGGUGGCGCGCAGGAACGAGAAGAGCGGCGCGGAGCUGAGCAGGUUCCUGGGCAAGCAGACUUGGACUCAGCAGGACCGACAGUGCAUCCUUGAUACUCUAGCACUGUUAUUACUGGAUAAAGAAUGCACUCUAUUAAUAGGCCGUCAGCUUCGUCCAGUCUUGCUGGACUUGUUGGAACGAAAUGCAAUUGCCAUUAAAGCUGGUGGCCAAAUCAACCACGAUCGGCAUGAGAGGCUGUGCGUAGCCAUGAGCAAGCUGGUUGGUGACCAUCCUGAUGUUUUGCCAUUUGCUUUAAGAUAUUUUAAGAACACAUCACCAGUUUUCCAGAGGCUUUUCCUGGAGAGCUCAGAUGCAAACACAGUCCGAUAUGGGCGCAGACGAAUGAAGUUACGGGACCUCAUGGAGGCAUCAUAUAGAUUUUUACAAAAGGAACAAUCGAUUUUCCGGGAAUUAUGGGACUGGAGCGUGUGUAUUCCACUCCUAAGGAGUCAUGACACUUUGGUCCGUUGGUAUACGUCAAACUGUCUAGCUCUGGUUACAUGUAUGAACGAUGAACAUAAGUUGUCUUUCAUGAAGAAGAUCUUCAGUCCUGAGGAGCUGACACAUUUCAGACUAAAGCUACUAGAAGAAUCUCAGGUGCAGAAUGUGGAACAAGCCCUUGUUUUGGCCAAUCCAGACUCCUCAUUUUGGCAAAAGGAGAAAGAAGUGCAAUAUAAACAAGGUCAUAUUGUAUCGGGUGACCUAUCUGCAAAUGUAGUAGCUGUAUGUGGUAUUGUGCUGCCUAGACUAAAGCUUGUCUCUGAAGAACAGCAGGAAAAUACCACCAGCCAUUUUGUUUUGGUUGAAUCUGCUUGCACUAAUCUUCAAAACCUUGCUAUUGCUGUAGCAUUUCAGAGUCCUGUUUUAUUGGAGGGACCAAUAGGAUGUGGCAAAACUACUUUAAUUGAAUAUUUAGCAGCUGUUACAGGAAGAACAAAGCCUCCUCAUAUUUUGAAAGUCCAACUGGGGGAUCAAACUGAUAGCAAGACGCUGCUUGGUAUGUAUCGUUGUACAGAUGUCCCAGGGGAGUUUGUUUGGCAGCCUGGAACCUUGACACAAGCUGUUACCAAGGGUCAUUGGAUACUUCUUGAGGAUAUUGAUUAUGCUCCUCUGGAUGUGAUCUCUGUCCUGAUUCCUCUUUUGGAAAAAAAGGAGUUGCUAAUUCCUGGUCGUGGUGACUGCUUGAAAGUAGCACCGGGAUUCCAGUUUUUUGCAACCAGGAGAGUAUUCACUUGUGGCGGAGGUUGGUACAGACAGCAAAGCAGCCAUGCUGCUCUUUUGGACAAGUAUUGGACCAAAAUACAUAUGGAUAACAUGAGCAAAGUAGAACUCAAGGAGAUUCUUCAAAGCAGAUACCCCAACCUUGCUCUUGUAACUGAUCACUUGCUAGACAUCUUCAUUCACCUUACGGGAGAGAAAUAUCAGGCAUCAGAAAACACUGAUUGUGAUUCCAGGCCCAUAUCAGAAGAUGCAUCAGAAUCAAGAUCAGAAAAUAAGAAACCAAACCUGGAAGGACGAGAACUUUCUCUGAGAGACUUAUUGAAUUGGUGCAGCAGAAUUGCUUACAACUUUGACAGUUCUUCCUCAACCACAGCAGUGAAUAUUUUUCAGGAGGCACUGGACUGUUUCACAGCUAUGCUGUCCAACCAAGGAAGCAGACUGAAAAUGGCAAAAGUUAUUGGCAGUAAACUAAAUAUUUCCAAGAAGAAGGUAGAGUUCUUUUGUGAACUCUUCAAACCAGAAAUUUUAGUACGGGAGCAAGAAGUUUCUGUGGGAAGAGUGCAUCUCAUGAAGAAACAAAGCCUGGCUCUUACUGUAAAAAGAACAAAGCAAACAUUUGCUGCCACCCGACCAUCUGCAGUACUGAUUGAGCAGCUUGCAGUUUGUGUUGUCAAAGGAGAGCCUGUGCUCUUGGUUGGUGAAACAGGAACUGGUAAAACCUCAACUGUUCAAUACCUCGCUCAUGUUACAGGGCACCAUCUAAGGGUUGUCAACAUGAACCAACAAAGUGACACCGCGGAUCUGCUAGGGGGUUAUAAACCUGUGGAUAACAAGUUGAUCUGGCUACCUCUGCGAGAGUCUUUUGAAGAACUCUUCUACCAAACAUUUUCUAGAAAGAAAAAUCAGACAUUCCUGGGCCAUAUUCAGACCUGCUACAGGCAGAAACGUUGGCAUGAUCUGCUAAAACUAAUGCAACAUAUUCAUAAAUCUGCUAUUAAUAAAGGAGCAAAAGAAAGUGCAUCUGGCUCACCGUUAAAGGAAAAGUGGGAGGCAUUUGGUCUUAAACUGAAUCACGCUCAUCAACAGAUGAAGAUGACAGAAAAUGCGCUUCUCUUUGCUUUUGUAGAGGGUACUCUGGCACAAGCAGUAAAAAAAGGAGAGUGGAUUUUGUUGGAUGAGAUUAACUUGGCUGCAGCAGAGACGUUAGAGUGUCUGAGUGGUUUAUUGGAAGGAUCAUCUGGGUCAUUGGUGUUACUAGACAGAGGAGACACAGAGCCUCUAGUACGUCACCCUAAUUUUCGCUUGUUUGCAUGCAUGAAUCCAGCUACAGACGUUGGAAAGCGAAAUCUUCCUCCAGGAAUACGAAACAGGUUUACAGAACUUUACGUAGAAGAAUUGAGAAAUGAAGGAGAUUUGCAAAUUCUUAUAAUGGAUUACCUAAGAGGCUUGAAUGUGAGCAAAAAUACAGUACAAGGAAUUGUAAACUUUUAUUUAGCUGUGAGAAAGGAAGCUGAAACAAAGCUGGUAGAUGGAACUGGCCACAGACCUCAUUACAGUCUCCGUACGCUUUGCAGGGCAUUGAGAUUUGCAGCAUCUAAUCCGUGUAGCAGCAUACAACGCUCACUGUAUGAGGGCUUCUGUUUGAGCUUUCUGACACAGCUCGACAGAGUUUCUCACCCAGUGGUUCAAAAGCUAAUUUGCCAGCAUAUAGUCUCUGGCAACAUCAAAAGCCUUCUCAAGCAGCAAAUACCAAAACCCCAAGGAGGAAGAUUUAUACACAUAGAAGGAUACUGGAUUUCUGCUGGGGAUAAGGAACCUACUGUAGAUGAGACUUACGUGUUAACCCCUUCAGUUAAGCUUAAUCUGAAAGAUAUUGUCAGAGUUGUGUCUGCAGGGACUCACCCAGUGUUGAUUCAAGGAGAAACCUCUGUUGGUAAAACCAGUUUAAUUCGCUGGUUGGCUGCUGCUACUGGGAACCACUGUGUAAGGAUCAACAACCAUGAGCAUACUGACAUCCAGGAAUAUAUUGGCUGUUACACAUCAGAUGCCUCUGGGAAGUUGGUAUUUAAGGAAGGCAUCCUCAUAGAUGCAAUGAGAAAGGGUUACUGGAUUGUUCUAGAUGAACUAAACUUGGCUCCCACUGAUGUUCUGGAGGCUCUCAAUCGAUUGCUGGAUGAUAACAGGGAGCUGUUCAUUACUGAGACUCAGGAAGUUGUCAAAGCUGACCCUCGCUUCAUGCUCUUUGCUACACAGAAUCCUCCAGGACUCUAUGGUGGCAGGAAGGUUUUGUCCAGAGCCUUCAGAAAUCGUUUUGUAGAACUGCAUUUUGAUGAACUGCCAAGCACUGAACUGGAAACCAUCCUGCACAAGCGAUGCAGUUUGCCACCUUCUUAUUGCAGCAAGCUUGUCAAAGUCAUGCUAGACCUGCAAUCUUACCGCAGAGGUUCAACAGUUUUUGCUGGAAAGCAUGGGUUCAUUACUUUGCGGGAUCUGUUUCGUUGGGCUGAAAGGUACAGAUUGGCAGAGCAGCUGGAGAAGGAUUAUGACUGGCUUCAGCACUUAGCAAAUGAUGGUUUUAUGCUUCUGGCAGGAAGAGUGAGGAAACAAGAGGAGGUGGAUGUUAUACAGAAAGUCAUUGAAAAGCAUUUCAAAAAACGUAUAUAUCCUGAGUCUCUCUUCUCAGAGGAAAGUGUCAAAAAGCUCCUGGCUAAAUCCUCCACACAGAUGUCAGUGAUGGGCAGAGAUUUUAAACAUAUUGUCUGGACUCAAGGCAUGAGGAGACUUGCAGUUUUGGUGGGAAGAGCCCUGGAGUUUGGUGAACCUGUACUGCUGGUGGGAGAGACUGGAUGUGGUAAAACUACCAUUUGCCAAAUCUUUGCAGCAUUAACAAAUCAAAAGCUAUAUUCAGUGAACUGCCACUUGCAUAUGGAGACUUCAGACUUCCUGGGAGGACUGCGACCAAUCAGACAGAGAUCAAGUGACCAGGAGGAAUAUGAUGGUUCUCGACUCUUUGAGUGGUGUGAUGGACCUCUUGUUUUAGCAAUGAAAGAGGAGGGUUUUUUUCUCCUAGAUGAGAUUUCUCUAGCUGAUGAUUCUGUUCUAGAGAGACUUAACAGUGUGCUUGAAGCUGAGAAGACAUUGGUUCUUGCUGAAAAAGGUGGUCAAGAUGAUGAGGAUAAUGAAGUAGAACUGUUGGUUGCAGGAAAGAAAUUUCGUAUCCUUGCGACUAUGAACCCAGGAGGUGACUUUGGGAAGAAAGAGCUUUCUCCCGCGUUGCGCAACAGAUUCACAGAGAUAUGGUGUCCACAAAGCAAUGGCCGUGAUGACUUAAUACAGAUUGUAAAACAUAAUCUUCACCCAGGAUUGUCUCUGGGUGGAAUAAACCGUCAAGGAGCAGACAUAGCAGAGCUCAUGAUGGACUUUGUUGAAUGGCUGACUAAUCAAGAGUUUGGUCGCCAGUGCAUUCUCAGUGUGCGAGACAUCUUAUCAUGGGUUAAUUUUAUGAAUGUCAUGGCAGAGGAGACCAAUUCUGCCAAGGAACAUAGUCAUCUUCAUAUUUCUCCAGUGAUGUCUUUCAUCCAUGCUGCGUGUUUGGUGUACAUUGAUGGAAUCGGAUCAGGUACAACAUCCUGCUCAGCUGAAACGGCUUUACUAGCUCGUGAAAAAUGCCUAACGUUCCUCUGUGAGAAAAUGAGUCAAUUCCUUGAACUGACUGAUUAUCAGAAGAAUGAGCUGAAGAUUUAUGACAGAACGAAGAAGGAAUUUGUGUGGAUGGACAACUUUAUGGGAAUCCAACCAUUUUUUAUUCCAAGAGGCCCUGUUCUUCAGAGGAGCAGUGUUACGGAUUAUGCUCUCAAUGCUGGGACUACUGCAGUGAAUGCUCAAAGGCUAUUGAGAGCCCUACAGCUUAGCAAACCUAUUUUGUUGGAAGGGUCACCAGGUGUGGGCAAGACCAGUCUAGUUGCUGCCCUGGCAAAGGCCUCAGGAAACUGCCUUGUUCGAAUCAACCUGUCUGAGCAAACGGAUGUGACAGACUUGUUUGGGACAGACUUGCCUGUUGAGGGUGGUAGGGGAGGAGAAUUUGCCUGGCGUGAUGGACCACUAUUGGCUGCAUUAAAGGCUGGACAUUGGAUUGUGUUAGAUGAGUUGAAUCUGGCUUCUCAGUCUGUAUUAGAGGGGCUAAAUGCAUGCUUCGACCACAGAGCAGAGAUUUACGUUCCUGAAUUGGGAAUGAAUUUUCAUGUACAUCAUACAAAGACUAAGAUUUUUGGAUGCCAGAAUCCAUACAGACAAGGAGGUGGAAGAAAGGGUCUGCCCAAGUCCUUUCUUAAUAGAUUUACACAGGUGUAUGUUGAUCCACUAUCAGCAGCAGAUAUGGAGUUUAUUGGGAGCACGCUGUUUCCUGCCAUCGACAAGAGUAUUAUUUCUAAAAUGGUUGCUUUCAAUAACAAGAUCGAUAAAGAGAUAAUGGCUGAAAAAAAGUGGGGACAGAAAGGAGGACCCUGGGAGUUCAACUUACGUGAUCUUUUUCGCUGGUGUCAGCUUAUGCUUGUUGAUCAGUCACCAGGAUGCUAUGAUCCAGGCCAACAUGUAUUUUUGGUAUAUGGAGAAAGAAUGAGAACCAGGGAGGACAAAGAAAUGGUUGUAUCUACAUUUAGAGACAUUUUUGGCCAGGAGGCUUACGUGUAUACAGGAACAAGAGAUUUUCACAUCACUCCAUAUAACAUUCAGAUUGGUUAUUCAGUUCUUUCUCGUGGCAACUAUAUUCCUCGUCCUGGCAGAAAUCUGUCACUUCUACAUCAUUCACUGCAGUCCCUUGAGUCAAUAAUGAAAUGCGUGCACAUGAGCUGGAUGGUAAUCCUGGUGGGCCCUGCAGCUGUUGGCAAAACCAGUCUUGUUGAGCUGCUGGCCCAUCUGACUGGCCAUCGACUGAAAAUCAUGGCAAUGAACAGUGCCAUGGAUACAACUGAACUCUUGGGUGGAUUUGAACAGGUUGAUAUUAAUAGACCGUGGCUGCGACUGUUGGAAAAAGUGGAGAAUGUUGUGAGCUCAUUAGUAAGGGACAGUCUGCUCCUGACAGAAAUUUGUGCAGAUGAUGCUGAACUUGUGCUGCGUGCUUGGAGCAAUUUCAUCCUGAAUUACAAACCUAAGUCUCUGGGUGAAGGAGGAAGAAGUGUUACAGCUGAAUUAGUGAGCAAACUGGAGGGAAUACUUGUACUUACCCAGCGACUGAACAACAAAAUAAGUUCUUACUCAAAGGCAGAGUUUGCUCUUCUGGUAGAAGAGUUCCGUCGUUUAAAGCUGCAGCAGGUCCAAGCUUCUGACUCUAACAGCCUUGGCACUUUUGAGUGGGUGGAUGGGAUGCUGGUUCAGGCCCUGCAGUGUGGUGACUGGUUGUUGAUGGACAACGUUAACUUUUGCAACCCCUCUGUGCUGGACCGUUUGAAUGCUUUACUUGAGCCAGGAGGUGUUCUUACCAUGAGUGAGAGAGGUGUGAUAGAUGGCACAAUUCCUACAAUAGCUCCUCAUCCAAACUUCAGAUUUUUCUUAACCUUGGGAAGAACCCAUUCAAAUCUGAGGGGCUAAUAGGAUUUGUACAGUCAGAUCAUAUUCAGAGGCUACAAAAAUGGAGAUUGUCCCCAGAGUUAAAAGGGUUGACAAUUACUAAAUGUUCUUCUUAUUCUAAACGUUGUGUAUCUUUCAGGUUCUGUAUCAUCUUUGUCACCUUUGCUCCAGGCUGCUGUGUUAAUUGUGCAGCAGAUGCAAAGAGGCCUUGGAUUAGUGAAGUCUUUUUACAGAGCCUGUUGGGAAGUUUAUGGCCGCUCACAACAGUUGCAGAGCAACCAGAAGCUUGUGCUAGAAUUAGUUAUGAAGCACGUUUCUUCUCUGGCUUCUCAUGAGAUCUGGGGUGACUCUCUGCUUGCAAUGGGAUUGUGGCCUGACUCCCUACCUACGGGUCUGUUUACAGCUGAAGACUCGCUUCUUUCAACAGUACGGAGUGAUGGACAGGUCCUAAUAUACUGUUUGAAUAGAUUAAACCUUAAAAACUGCAGGACAUUACCACUGACUCUCCAAGAUCUUCAGAAAAUCAUGCAGUCCACCCAUCCUGAGAAUCUCAGAUUCAAUGCUGUUGAGAUAGAUGCAGACUGGGUGGAUGAAAUGGAAGUUUUCCAGGCUUCAGUGAAGUUAUUCAUAGAAAAGGCAACCAAUCAAGAUUGGACAUUGAGAGUUAAAUGGCUUAAUUUCUUAGCCAAAAGUCUACCACAAGUGCUUGAUCCAGUACGGAUUCAGUUGGAAGCAGGUGCUGUAGCCCUUGGCAGUUUCUAUGCCAGUCCCCUCUCAUCUGGAAUCAGUAACAUGAUCAAGUUGCUUCAGCCUACUAUGACAGAUGAACAUGUGAUGCCUCUGGACCCAAGAUGGAACGUGCAGUUUUUGGAUAUCAUUAGAAAUUCAAUUAACUUUGAUACAGAAACAGAACACACAGAUCAGCUUCUCAUCCUUUUGAAGUCUGUAGCAAACCGGGCAGUAUUGUUUCUUGACCGAGAAAAAAGGAGCUACACUGAAAAGAAUUUAAUUAUCAGCAAGAAGCCAAGAACUAGUGCCUUAAGAAUGUCUCUAGAUUUCCACAAAGAUCCAGGAAGCUACAGUUCUCUUCCUCAUGCAGUUGUGGUCAACCUCGCUGCUUUCUUUGAACUCUGGGAUGUGUUUACACUUCACUGGGUGACAUCUACUCAGGUGGCCUUAAGUGAUGAUGAUAUGCAUGAUAUUUUGUACUGCUUGCUGUGGCGUGAUCGGUUCUGGGCAGUCUCUGACACUCUGACAGUGGAUUCGCCAGGGUUAUCGCUUCUGUCUUUGCACUGGCACUGGGUUAUGAAACAUCUAAUUGACAGAAUUCCUCAGAUGCUUAUUGGAUCAGACCAGCACAAAGUUUCCAAAGAAAUUCAGUCUGUUUCACAGCAACUUCAGAAUUGCUUAGCCAGUCCUGCUGGUACUUCUGCCAACAUGAAGCUUUUACAGAAGUCUCUAGGAAGACCUCUUCCUUUCAAGGAUAAAGUGGGCAUGGAAUGUUUUUCUCUAGUAGAAGUUCUCAGCAAACCACUUAACAUCUUAGAGGCAAGAUUGGUCUUUGGAGAAAGCAGAUGGCAGGAAAAAAUGUGCUGUCUGAAGACUGCUGCCACUGGAUGGAAGAUGAAAAAAGCACUGCUGCAAGCUGAUGGUCUCAUACUUAGAGCUAAUCAUUUAGAAGAUGUUAGCCUUGGCCAACUAAAGAAUUUCUUGAAAGCUGUACAUUCAGAACUGAGAGCUGAAGGACUUAAAUUUAGUCAUACAGAAGAAAGGUUUCCUGAAGAUGCCAUCUCCAACCACUUGGACCCUGCUGCAUUAAUCCAACUCUGCAGUCGGAUUCAGCUGUGGCCUGCAAUGGAGUACAUGGGUGUGCUCUGGCAGUACAAACUAACAGCAGAUUAUGUGGCUAAGGCUUAUGCAAGAAGGGAGAACUUCAGUCAAGAACUAGGCACACGUUCAGAUUUAAUUCAACUUAUAGCUUUUUCUCUGAAGUUGACACCAGCUGCCUCUCACCAGCUGUCUGGACUGUGGCACCUGUUACACCUUCAUGAAAUAUCUCCUGAAGAAAUGUCUGUUCUGUCAUCUCAGCUAGUUAAUGCUGCACUGGCAUGCUUUUGGAGCAGUGCUUUCACCACAGAUCCUGAUUAUUGGUUAACUUGGAGACCAUUACCUGCAACAGAGGAAAAGAUCUCUUCUAAAUCCCAUACGAACACUUCUGUGAAGGGCCCAGGUAUUUUGACCCGAGCAGUUUUCUCAAAGUGCUUCUUUGAAAUUCUAACUAGCAGCAGCAAGACAAGCCAGUGGGAUGUCAGUGGCCUUCCUGUUUUGUCAUCAUCCCAUGUGACACUGGGUGAAUGGAUGGAGAGAGCACACCAACUUCAUGAAGUCAGCACAGCGCUGUGGACCAACCAAGCUGUUGCUUCAAUAACAGACUUUAGAUAUACAGAUUCUAGACUACAAGGAAUAAUGUUAAGCAGACAACUCUCUGCUCUGGUAGAUCUGGUUCCACCAGAUCUUCAAGAGGAAUUUUUGAACUGCUGUGAGAAACUCUUCAUGAAGGAUCUUGUUUCAUAUGAGUGCCUUCUCAAGAUACUUAGAAGCAUCGCUGAUCAGGAGUUGCUUCCCAAAGAAUUCAUUGUUCUCCUGCUCACUUGUUUGGAGCAGUUCUUUGGGGAAGGGCUUAAGGAUUUACCAGAAACAGCUUGGAGAGGAAGCCUCUGGGUGAAUAUUGGUUUGCUGCAGAUCCAGGUGUGGCUUCCACAGACUAGAUUUGAUCCAGCUAUUAAAAGAGAAUACAAGCUCAAGUAUGCCAAAGAAGAGUUACACCAACUGGAGUGUGAAUGGAAAACAAAUGAUUUGUCAUCCCAGCUGCGUACAGGAAAAAGUCUUGAAGACAAAGCACUCUCCAACUACAUUCAUCCCCACCUCAGGCUCUUGCAGGAAAGAAUGCAAAGACUGAAUGAGCAAAUAAGUAGUCUUUCCAGAAAAAAAGCCUUCAGGCCUCCGGCUCCACUCUACAAUGGCUUGUACCAGGAGGCUCACCAAUACAUCAACAGCAUAGCAAAGGUUUCUUCAGUCCAAGAUCUUUUAGCCCGUCUUCUGCAGUUCCUUGGUGGGCAAAGACCUAAAUCACUCCAGGCAAUAAAAAAUCUGUUAAGUGAAGAAGCUUCUUGGCAACAGUCACACCACCACUUCAGAAAACACUUAGCGGACGAGUAUGCUGUAUUCCCUGAUACCAUCAUUCCCAUGCAAGCUGCCAUCUUACAAUUACAACAUGGCAUGCGAUUAGUAGCUUCUGAAGUUUAUGCAGUGCUCAAUAGUUGUGUUUGUCCAGCUGAUCUCACCAACCUCCUUACUUCUUUGUUGUUAUUUCCAUCUGUUGGCCGCUCUUUUCCCACUUACUUCACUCGUGCAGAAAUUUUAUGCUCAGUGAAUUCAGUUGAGGUCCUUCAUGGACUUAAGAAGUUUUCUCUGAAGCACUCUGAAGGAGAAUCUGAGGGAGUACAGAAGUCUUGUCCAACUCUGGAGCAGCUCCUAGUGAAUGCACUAUUGCAUCUUCAGUGCCAUGUACUAUCCAAAGGAGAGAUGGAUCAGAAAUCUCUGCAGCUUUUUAGACAUCUGUGUCAGGCAAUCAUAAAUGAGUGGGAUGAACAGGAACGCCAUGCCCAAGAGCGGGAGGCAAUGGAAAAGAGUUUGUACAGAUUCAGAAGUAAAACUCAUGGGAAAGGACAAAGUGAGGAGGAAGAGGAGGAGGAGGAAUUUAGGAGGAGAUUUCCUUUUCAUGAAAAGGACUUUGAAGAUAUCACAGCUCAGGCAAGUCUAGAAGAAAAAAUGGAAACUGGAGAGCCAUUGGAAGACCAGCUGGAAGUUGAUAGAGCCCUUUUGUCCAAGAGCUCCAUGCAAACUGUAAUGAUGGUUCAUCAACAGUUGUGCUUAAACUUUGCUCGAUCCCUGUGGUAUCAACAGAGUCUGCCUUCUCAUCAAGCUAAACAUUAUCUCAGUGCAUUUGUUUCCUGCUAUCAAACCGGUGCAUGUCUGGUGUCACAGUUCUAUCCUUUAAUUGGUGCCGAAAUGAACAAUAGUCUUUUGGGAAGCCAGCUUCUAGUUAGCACUCUUCUUCACAAUACUUUUUUUGAGGAAAUGACUUCAGAUCUUGUGCUACAGCAAGAUGGCCCAUAUGACUUUUACCAGCAUCCUAAUAUUAAGCAAGUCCGACAGUGCCAACCCUUACUUGAGAACUUUGCUAAAGAAAUAAACAGGUUGCUGCAGGAAUGGCCAGAGCAUCCAGUACUUCUGCAGCUGUUAGUUGUGAUUGACAGAAUCCAGAGCUUUCCACUCUCUAGUCCCCUCUCAAAGUUCCUGAAUGGCUUGGAAAUUCUUCUUGCAAAAGCACAGGACUGGGAGGAAAAUGCUAGUCGAGCUUUGUCCCUGCGGAAACAUCUUGACUUGGUCACACAACUGAUUAUUCAGUGGCGUAGAUUGGAGUUGAAUUGCUGGUCGGUAAGUCUGGAUAAUAUUAUGAAGCAACACGUAGAGAAAUCCACAAAGCACUGGUUCUCACUCUAUCAGAUGAUUGAGAAGUAUGUGCAAGAGCAGACCAAGGCUGACAUGGAAGAAACCGAGCAGAUGAGCCUAAAAAUGCUGGUCGACACACUACAGGCUUUCAUUGAAGGAUCUACACUUGGAGAGUUUCACGCACGACUUCAAGCCUUGCUGGUUUUCCACUGCCAUGUCCUACUGAUGCCUCAGGUAGCAGGAAAGGACAUUCUGUGCAGCAUCCUGUGGAAUCUCUAUAAUUAUUAUAAGCAGUUUUCAGAGUGUGUUGAGAACAGAAUCACUGAACUUCGUCAACCUAUAGAAAAGGAACUUAAGGAAUUUGUGAAAAUUUCAAAGUGGAAUGAUGUCAGCUUCUGGGCUAUUAAACAGUCAGUUGAAAAAACUCGCAGAACUCUCUUUAAAUUCAUGAAGAAGUUCGAAGUUGUUCUGAAUGAGCCAUGUCGGCCUGCUUUGGUGGAAACUGGUAAGGAAGAGCAGCUGGACUGCUUGCACCAGCAGGAGGAAUCUGAGAACAAAGAGGCUAAAGUUCAGAAGCUAAACAACACACUAAGAAAAGUUCUGUCUGCUAGAACAGAUUCUGCCAAGCAGCCACUAACAGAAGAAUGUCAGGAUGUUAUUACAUUUCAUGCAGAUUCUCUUCAGUAUCGCCUGCCUAAACUUACCAAAAAAAUGAAGAAAAUGUGUGUGACAGUUACAGAGAAUAAUUCAUUCUUAAGUCUGCUGGAAAGUCUUGACCAGUUCACAGGUGAUAUCAUUGGUUCUGUAGUUGAACUGCAGAAUUUAACAUUUGAUCAGACAGCAGAUAAGGAGAAGCAGAAGUCAGAGGCCAAGCAUAUUCAGAUGCAAAAACAACGGGCUUUGUCAGAUCUCUUUAAAAGCCUUGCUAAAACAGGCUUGUCGUACCGAAAAGGUCUUUCUUGGUCCCGUUCAAAAGGCUAUCAUGAAAUACUCUGUGUACAUCCACUGGACUUACGUAAUGCAUUAGCUGUAGUCAGUGAUAUAUGUGAGCUGGAUGCCACGUUUGUGGCAGAGAUUUCCUCUGCCUGGGAUGGAUGCCAGAAGUACUUCUAUCGCUCACUUGCACGCCACUCUCGACUUCAGACAGCAUUGUUGGCCCCUGCCAAGGAUAUUGGACUAGGUAGUGUUGAGAGAUGCAAAGGAUUUACUGCACACCUCCUACAGUUGCUUGUCAGACAGAGACAAUCUCUUACUGCUUUGACGGAGCAGUGGAUCUUACUAAGGAACCUCUUGAGUUGCAUCCAGGAGAUAGAAAAGAGAUUGGGUGCUGACAAAGAAUAUAAUGUAGCAUUACCUCCUCAACAUAGUUUUCAACAGUGGACUGACAAACUGCAGCAACUUUCCAUGCAGUGUGUGAUGGUUCUCGAGGAGCUGUCUUGGUUUAUACAGUGCUGCCCAACAGAAGAGCUAAUGAAGUGCAGUGACAGUGAAAGGACAGAUGUCAAAGGAAAUGUUUUUCUGAGUUCAGGACCUGAAGAGAUGCUGGGAAAUGUUGUCACAGGAAUACAUGACCGGAUUCCCUCAGAACUUAAAUAUCUGUCUCCAGUAACAAGUGAGCAACUGCCUCCUGGAUGCAGGAUGAGAAAUAAGGAUCAGUUGUGGCUGCAGCUGUCUGCACAAUUAGCAACAAUGCUGGCACGUAUGAAGACAAUGAAAACAGAAGUGGACAAAAUAAGACAACAGCCGCGUGAGACCUUGUUUUAUUCCUGGAGAGAUUUUGAAGUUUGCACAUCAGCUAUGAGUUGUCUGCUGGAAAUGUCAGCUCAGAUACGAGGUGUAGAGUCCCUCUUUCACCUGGAUGAGGAAGAGGGGCCAGCUGCAGAUCAGAUGGCUGUAAUCAAGAGCCUGAAGUAUAUACAAGAGGAAAUUAAUAGUACAUCUACAGACUUCACAGUUUGGAGAAAGCAACUUCUUGCUUCCACAUCAAACUGUAGCGGAAAUAAAGAGUCUGAUGAAGAAUUUGUGGAGCGCUUCUCAGCUCAAGUGGAAACAGUUAUUCAUGGUGUUCUGUAUGCCAUCCAGUGUUUGGUAGAGAGAAAACAGAAAGGUGGAGAAGAGGAAGAAAAACCUCCAGAGGAAACCGAUGAUACAGCUUCAUUGGAUAUGAUUAAAGCAGGACAUUUAACUAAACUUUUGGAUGAAGAUAUUUCUGCUGAUGUGGAAUCUUUGCAUGUACAGAAAGUAAUUUCAGCAGUUUCAGAGCUGAUGGAGAGCCUGAAAUCUUAUGGAGAAGAUUGCACCUCAGAUAAACAUAAGUUCUUCAACCAGUCCUGCUAUUUACUGGUGCGUGUAAAGCCCAUGCUCUGCAAGUUUUUAGACCUGAUCCUGUUCUACCUCACUAUUUCACUGUCAUCUCACCGGAGUACUGGAAAACUGCUUUCUGUUCUAACUAGUAUUUUCACAGAGCUUGCCCAAAAGGGGUUUUGUCUGCCGAAAGAAUUACUUGAAGAUGAAGCUGGAGAGGGAGCAACACAGUUUCAUGAUUAUGAGGAAGGUGGUAUUGGAGAUGGGGAAGGCAAGAAGGAUGUGAGCGACAAAAUAGAAAGCGAAGAUCAGAUAGAAGACAGUUUUAAAAAGGGUGAGGAGAAGGAGAAAGAGGAUCAAGAUUCUAAGCCAGAUAUUGAAGGAGAAGACAAUGCAAUUGAAAUGUCAGAAGACUUUGAAGGAAAAAUGCAUGAUGGAGAACAGGAGAAAAAAGAAAAUGAUGAAAAAUCCGAUGAAGAGGAAGAGCUGGAUAAGCAGAUGGGAGAUCUUGAUAAUGCUGAAGCUGACAAUAAACUGGAUGAGAGGCUUUGGGGGGAUGAAGAUGAUGAUGAUGAUGAUGAAGAUGCCAGUAGUAAAGCAGAAGAAACUGGGCCAGGGAUGGAUGAGGAAGAUUCAGAGCUUGUUGCAAAAGAUGACAAUUUGGGUACAGGAAACAAAGAUAAUAAAAAACAGCCUCCCAAGGAUGAAGAAACAGAGAAUCAAACAGAAGACAAUGAAAACAAAGAGAAAAUCCAUGAGCAAAUUGAUGAGAGAGAGUAUGAUGAGAACGAAGUAGAUCCUUAUCAUGGCCAGCAGGAAAAGCAGCCUGAAGUUGAACCUUUAGACCUUCCCGAUAACUUGAACCUGGAGGAUGAUGAGAAGAGUGAUGAAGAGAAAGAGGGUGAAGAAGAAGAAGAGAAUGCUUUUGAAAUAGAUGACAAACCUGUUGAUUUAAAUGAGGCAGAGAAUACGGAAGGUCAGAAUGAAGAGAAUAGUAGUGAGGCAGAAGGAGGCGAUCAAGAUGUAGAACCUGCUGAAGAAGGCAUUACUGAAGAAAAAGAGGAAAAGGAAGAUGAAGGGGAGAAAGAUACUGAUGAUCAAGAAGAAGAAAAUACUGGGAACACUGAGGAGGCAGAAGAGGAAGAAUCACAACCAUCUAAUGAGGAAAAAAAUGAAUCUGCUGAAGAGGAGAAAGAGAAGGGAAUCCCUGCUGCUGACCAAGGCCUUCAACCUCAGCAAGAGGAGGAUAAAGAUAACGCAGAGAUGGAUGAGCAGGUCCCUGAGUCUGAGGAGAGAAUGGAGCAUGAAACACAAGGGCAGACUGGGCAAGAAAACCUGCAGAGUGACAGUGCUGUAGAGUUAGCUGGAGAGGCUUCAGAAAGAGACCAGUCCAAAGAGGAAUAUGGAAGUGGAGCUGCGAGUGCAAAUCAAUCAGAAGGCCAUGAAUCCACACGCAUGGCCCGAAUGGCUUCUGAAAAGCAAAGCAGGAAGAAUACACAGAGUUUCAAGAGGAAACCUGGUCAGGCAGACAAUGAACGCUCCAUGGGAGAUCACAACGAGCGCAUCCACAAGCGACUGAGAACCAUUGAAUCCAGCAGUGAAGCAAAGCAGAAUACAACUCAGUCUAAACAAAACGUGGAGGAGGCUGAUGCGUUUGAACACAUUAAACAAAGUUCUGAAUGCUAUGAUGCACAGACCUAUGACGUAGCUAGCAAGGAACAGGAGAAACCUAUUAUGCCUCUCGAAGAAAAUGAAGAGGGAGAUCCUGAAGAUACAGCUAUGGAAACAGAAAUGCAGGAGGAGGAUCUCCAAGCAGUGGACAUAGAGGAGCUGAAGCCAGAAACAAAGUCAACUGCCACUAAAAGUUCUGGACCAGGUGAAGAGGAGUCAGAAACCCCAAUUUUAGACUCUGACAAUGCCAAGGACUCUACAAGAGAAAAGUUACCACAGGUGACUGAAGAGAAGCCAGAGAGAAGCAAGGACUCUACAAUCCAUACAGCCCAUCAGUUUCUGCUGGAUGCUUCCCAGCAUGUUGUUAGAGAUCCGGAAGAGUUGAGAAAGGAGCUUGAAAGGCAGUUGGAAGCUUGGCAAACACAGCAGUCUGGAAGUCCAGAGGAGGAGAAGGAAGCAGCACAGUUGUGGCAGAGGUAUUUAGUCCUGACAGCUCCUCUGUCACAGCAGCUUUGUGAACAGCUACGACUCAUACUGGAACCCACUCAGGCAGCCAAGCUGAAAGGAGACUACAGAACAGGGAAAAGACUGAACAUGCGCAAAGUGAUCCCAUACAUUGCCAGUCAGUUCCGAAAAGAUAAGAUCUGGUUGCGAAGAACCAAGCCUAGUAAACGACAGUACCAGAUUUGCUUGGCUAUUGAUGAUUCCUCUAGUAUGAUAGACAAUCACUCCAAGCAGCUUGCAUAUGAAUCCCUGGCAGUCAUUGGGAAUGCACUGACUCUUCUAGAAGUGGGACAAAUUGCUGUGUGUAGCUUUGGAGAAACUGUUCAGCUGCUGCACCCCUUCCAUGAACAGUUCAGUGACCAGUCAGGAACACGGAUACUGCGCCUUUGCAAAUUUCAGCAGAAGAAAACAAAAAUAGCUCAGUUUCUAGAAUCAUCAGCGAGUAUGUUUGCUGCAGCACAGCAGCUGUCUCAAAAUAUGAAUCCAGAAACUGCACAGCUGCUUUUGAUCGUCUCUGAUGGAAGAGGCCUUUUCUUGGAAGGCAAGGAACGAGUGACAGCAGCAGUCCAAGCAGCUCAGAGUGCCAACAUCUUCGUUAUUUUCGUAGUGUUGGACAAUCCUAACUCCCGGGAUUCCAUCCUGGACAUUAAAGUACCUAUAUUCAGAGGACCUGGAGAAUUGCCCGAAAUCAGAUCUUACAUGGAAGAAUUUCCGUUCCCAUUCUACAUGAUCCUUAGAGAUGUGAACGCUCUUCCAGAAACUCUCAGUGAUGCCCUCAGGCAGUGGUUUGAACUGGUGACUGCCUCAGACACCUUGUAGACAAAGCAAGAACCUUACUGCUGCUAAACUGCUGAAAUACAUGGAACUGCAUUUCAUUGGAGGGUUCCUAGGAAUCUCUUCGGACAGGAUUAAGGCUGCCCUCUGGCAGUCAGCCUAAGAACAGAAUGGUCCAGGUGUAUUCUCCCACAUUUGUCAGAGAUUACUCAGUGGUGAGACUGUGCUUCUUUCAUUGGUUAUUUCCUAAAUAAUGUAAAACUUUCUCCAAUUUCUUUUGUAAUAAUUUAAUACUUAAAAGAAAAACUGUAUUUGCAAUGUUCACAGGGGUAAAAUAAUUCCUACCAGUAUCUGUUGCAAUAAAUACCAGUCUUGCUUCUUGGAAGGCAUUUCUGUAUGAGAAGUACUUGAGCUGUCUCACAAAAAGGGCUCUUCAGCUUCACCGGGGAGGCUCUUUGGGAGGCAGGCAGGAGGAAUGGGGAAAGCUGGUGGUUUUAAACAACCAAAAAAAAAAAAAAAAAAAAGUACUUGAAUACUCGAAAAUGUUCUGCAGUUAAAACAAAUCCUGUGUAGCUGUAGCUGAUUUUUGUCUUCCUAAUAGCAACGGGGAGCUCUGUGGAUAAAGCCAUGUGGUGAUCCCUGCGCUACCAGGUGACACUGUGAAGUCUGCCCGUGUCCAAGGCAGACAUUGAGGGCGUUUUCAUUAAUCAGAUGUCUUUAAGCACAGACAUGGUUUUUGUUGCAGAAGCUAUGCAUCUUAUAUAGUCUGUACUAAUAAAAAGGUACCACUUUGUAGUCA